AUGGCGAAUAAAGAGACCUUCUACUUCUACGCCCCAACCUGGGACUAUCCUCCCCCGCCCCUCGGCCCUCUAAAGCUGGGCAACGUCUUCACAGAUCUGAAGAGMCCCGCCGAAUCAAUCAUAUACACCGCACCGAUACCCUCUACAGCCGAUGUAGCAGAAGGGUCGGUACCGUAUUCAACGUACAAAAAAGACGUAGAGAUAUCAACCGAAAAGCUUCGCUCAGGCCGAUUUGCGAUUCUGACACAGUUUCUGUCUGUACUAGGUGUUGGCGUUGAUUUAGGGGUUGAUUGGGAUAGGGGAGACGACGAAACUCUCCACUUCUCCACAAUAACAACCACCCAAUUCCACCCUUCUUCCUCCUGGAUGCAAUCCCACUGCGUCGACGCCUCUGCAGAUGUUCAGCGCUGGUUCGAUCGUUCCCGCUUUAGAAAACCGCUCUACCUCAUAACGGGCCUCAAAAUCGUCACAGGAGAUAAAUCUGCGGAAACGAAAACCACCCGUGGUGGAGGAGUGGAUGUGUCGGCGACCGUGGAUGGGACGAUUUGGUCUGGGGGCACGGUACCGCUUGGUGGAGGGCCGAAAGUGGAGGUUCACCAGAAGAAUACGAAGGGAAUAAAGUGGGGGGAUGGAGGGGAUUUUGUGCUUGCGUUCAGAGUUAAGAGAUUCAAGGUUUCGAAGAGGAGCGGGAUCAAGGAUGGGGAUUAUACGAGAGGAAGUAUGCUGGGACAUGAUCCCAAGGAGAUUGAACAGGAGCAUGUUGUUGUUGUUCUUGAAGAUGAGGAUGAGUUUGAAAUUGAGUCUCUGGAUCCGGAUUGGGAGGGUGUGCGCGUCAGUGAAGGCGAUGAGGAUAUCAUCGUUGUUGUGCCGAGAGUUGACAAACCUGAAAACUAA